AUGGAUUAUAAUAUUUAUUUAAAAUGUGACAAUUUGCAAUAUACUGGAAGUUGUGUUGAACGCGGUAUUAGAAAUGCCUUUGUUGCUAAAAACGAAGUAAUGAGUCAAAGAGGAGUUUUAGUACCCUCUAAUGGCAAUACUGCAUUAGGUGCAGCUUAUCACGGCGGAUCCUUGGGAAUACCCGUAACAGUAAUUCUACCUGAUCGUACCCCUCCUUCACUUACGCACCGCUGCGCUGAUCUCGGUGCUGAUGUUGUAUUGUUCGGCGAAACACUCGAAGACGUUAUAAAUUAUGCCAAGAAAGCUAAUCGUGACGAGAACCAGACAUUGCUUAGUUCAGAUGAUCCAUUAAUAUUGGCGGGAUUGGGCUCACUCGGUGUGGAAAUCAUUACUCAGCUCCCGGAAACAGACGCGGUUAUUGUACCGGUAGCGGCCGGUGGACUGCUGGCGGCAACACUUGUCGCGUGCAAGAAGCUCAAGUGCACCUGCCUUGUUUAUGGAGCAGAAUGUGCAAAAGUUCCAAAGAUGAUGAAGCCAUUGCAAGCCGGUCAUCCAAUAUCUGUGCCGGUGGUACCAAAUUUGGCUCAAGGUCUUAACGCGUCUAUCGUCGGACAAAAUGCGUUUGCUACAAUAAAGGGAAGAUUGGAUAGAAUGUUAACUGUUGAUGAAUCGUAUAUCGCUCGGGCUGUAAUAAAUAUAUUAGAACGUGAGCGAUUAGUUGCUGAUGGUGCUGGUGUCUGCGCCCUGGCUGCAGUGAUGCAAGGACUGGUACCGGAGUUAAGAGGAAGACGUGCGGUAUGCGUAAUAAGUGGGGGUAAUAUAGACCCAGCCAGGUUAACGCAGACUAUACAACGUGGGCUUGGUGUGAGUGGAAGACUUAUGCGUUUUGGUGUGGCACUGCCGGAUAACUGCCAUGGUGAUGUUGGAACCACUUGGGCCAAUGUUGUGGUUGAAACUGCCAAUGAAGAACAUGCAUCUACUUUUAAGGAUCGUCUAAGAGAACAAUAUCCAUCAAUAAGAUUUGCCAUAGCUGAUAUUGACGAUAAACAUAAAGUAACCAUUAGG